AUCAUUUGAGUCAACUAGCUUUCUCGCAGUGGUGGUGCAAAUAAGAACCCCAAGAAGAACCAAAAGAACAAAUUUGGAAGUCAUCUCAAUUUCGUUGAGCUAAGUAACAACAAGAAUUUCUAUCAAAGAAUCUUCCCAGAAGAAUGUAGCCACCAUGGGUGGGCUUAGGCGCUGCAGUUUGGGCAGAAAUAGCAGCAGGGAGUGCCUGUUCUUUUCCUUUAUACUCUCCUUCACUGAAAUCAGUUCUCGGCUUCAACCAGAAAAAGUUGACCUUUCUUGGAGUGGCAAAUGAUAUUGGGGAGAAUGUCUGCAACAAAUUCCCACCACGGGCUGUUCUUCUUGUGGGUGCUUUUCCCUCUUUCUUGGGCUCUGGUGUUCUUUAUCUUUCUGUUAGCCAAACUGUUCAGUCCCGGCCUUAUUGGUUCUCUCAGUGGCACUCUCUAUGCUGCAACAGCAUUACUUGGAAUUUGUUACGGUGCUCAAUUUCGCAUUAUGAUUCCAACUACAUCGGAGCUUUUUGGGUUGAGACGCUUUGGAUUAACAUUCAACUUCAUGCAGCUUGGAAAUCCAGCUGUUGCAUUUCUCUUCUCACGUUGGCUUGCCGGUCAUGUAUACGACACAGAGGCAGCUAAGCAGCAAGUGUCGUCUUGCAUGGGUCCCAAUUGCUUUAGGUUCACAUUCCUUGUUUUAGCUGAUGUUUGUGGUUUGGGAACUUUCUUGAGCAUUAUACUGACCAUCAGAAUAAGACCAAAUGCUUUAUGCUGGAGGUCCCUUCCGUCUGCCCAAAAGCUCUGAUCAUCGAUAACACGAGUCUAUUGGCAUCUAAGAGUUUGGGGUCGAGUUACACCCCCAUCUCAAAGUCGUGUAUUGAAGUUAUUGCAGAGCCGUAUGGGUAAUCAUUCGGUACUGUAUAAGCAUGUGUUCUGCAUAUUACAUUGUAUUUUAAGUUCCUCAGGAAAAUGACGAAUUUUUA